CCUCUUUCCUCCCUUCCUCCUAGCAUUACAGCAAGGUCACAGAGAGCUGAAGCACAGACUUUUUUAAGUUUCCUUUUGACAGCGGUGGUCUGGUACAAGAUUGGAAGCAAUGCUUCGUGUAAUUGUGGAAUCUGCUACAAAUAUCCCCAAAACUAAGUUUGGGAAACCAGAUCCUAUUGUUUCUGUUAUUUUUAAAGAUGAAAAAAAGAAAACAAAGAAAAUUGAUAGUGAACUCAAUCCUGUUUGGAACGAGAUUCUCGAAUUUGAUCUGAAAGGGAUAGCUCUGGAUAUUUCAUCAUCCUUGACAAUUGUUGUGAAAGAUUUUGAAACAAUUGGACAAAACAAAUUAAUUGGCAGUGCAUCGGUAGCGCUUAAGGAACUUGUGGGCAACCAGAGUAGAUCUCUUCCCUACAAGCUUGUUCCCUUGCUGAAUGAAAGGGGGCAAGGAACUGGAGCAACGAUUGAUCUGGUGGUAGGAUAUGAGCCACCAGCAGGCACUACAAAUCCAACUGAUCCUGGGGGGACAAAUAUACAAGACACUGAAGAGGGAGAAGAAGAUAGAGGUUAUGAGGAUGAAGUGGAUGGCACAGCUGGUGGAAUUGCCCCAGCAGUUCCAAGUGGCACAAAGGAAGCCCAGCUUGCUCGGCGCAUCGCUAAAGGAAAGAAAAGUCGGAGAAUCCUUUCAAACAAACCACAAGACUUUCAGAUUCGUGUUAGGGUCAUUGAAGGUCGUCAGUUGUCUGGAAAUAACAUAAAACCAGUAGUCAAAGUUCAUGUUUGUGGCCAUACACAUCGGACGAGAAUCAAAAGAGGGAACAAUCCAUAUUUUGAUGAGAUGUUUUUCUACAAUGUCCACAUGACCCCAUUAGAGCUGCUUGAUGAAACAAUAAGCAUUCGGGUGUAUGAUUCUUACUCUUUACGAGCAGACUGUCUAAUGGGAGAAUUUAAGAUUGACAUUGGCUAUGUUUAUGAUGAGCCUGGCCAUGCAGUGAUAAGGAAAUGGCUUCUACUGAGUGAUUCUGAAGAUGCAAACUCAGGAGCUAAGGGAUAUAUGAAAGUCAGCAUGUUCGUCCUGGGAGCAGGAGAUGAGCCACCAGUGGAAAAAAGGGAGCGAGAUAAUGAAAAUGAUGAUGUGGAAAGUAACCUUUUACUACCAGCUGGCAUUGCACUUCGAUGGGUCACUUUUCUUCUUAAAAUCUACAGAGCUGAGGACAUUCCCCAGAUGGAUGAUGCUUUUGCACAGACUGUCAAGGAAAUAUUUGGAGGAGAAGCAGACAAGAAAAAUCUCGUUGAUCCAUUUGUGGAAGUUUGUUUUGCGGGAAAGAAGGUUUGCACAAAUAUAGUUGAGAAGAAUGCUAAUCCAGAAUGGAAUCAAGUUGUUCAUCUUCCAAUCAAGUUUCCCUCAAUGUGUGAAAAAAUAAGACUAACAGUGUUUGACUGGGAUCGUCUUACCAAGAAUGAUGUAGUAGGAACAACAUAUUUAAGGCUCUCCAAAAUUGCUGCUUCUGGUGGAGAAGUUGACGAGUUUUCAUCUUCGGGAGCUGGGUCUUCAUCAUAUGAAGUAAGUACAGGUGAAACAGAAAUCGGCUUUUUACCAACAUUUGGGCCCUGUUACCUAAACCUGUAUGGAAGCCCAAGAGAAUAUACAGGAUUCCUGGACCCAUAUGAUGAACUAAACUCUGGAACGGGGGAAGGAGUGGCUUACAGAGGCAGAAUCCUAGUUGAAUUAUCUACAGUACUUGAAAGCAACCCUGUUAAUAAAAAAAUAGAGGCAUUACCCAGUGAUGACAUACUGGUUGUUCAGAAAUAUCAGCGUAGACGAAAGUACAGUCUGGCUGCUGUAUUUCAUUCUGCUACCAUGCUGCAAGAUACUGGUGAGCCUAUCCAGUUUGAAGUUAGCAUCGGUAAUUAUGGCAACAAGUUUGAUACCACAUGUAAGCCUUUAGCAUCCACAACUCAGUACAGUCGUGCAGUAUUUGAUGGUAACUAUUAUUAUUAUUUGCCUUGGGCAAACACAAAGCCAGUAGUGACACUGACUUCCUUUUGGGAGGACAUAAGCCACAGAUUGGACUCAGUGAAUGUAAUCUUAACCAUGGUUGAAAGACUGCAAUUCAACAUAGCUGCCUUAAAAUCUGGAAUGCAGGCUAAAAUUUCUGAAAACCAGUUGGCUGAAAUAUGGCUAAAGCUGAUUGAUGAACUGGUAGAAGAUACAAGUAAACCAUUCCCCCUCAUAGAAGGUAAAUCCAAUGUCACAAUUCUUGACACACAGAUCCAAAAACUACGCCUCAGAUCUCUCAAACAAAUUCAAGAGGCAGCAACGAGGAUGAGACUUGAAGCUACAGAUAUGAAGGUCACUUUACCAGAAAUUGAAGAUUGGUUGGAUAAAUUAGUGCAGCUAAGUGAAGAGUCACAAAACAGCAUGCCUGAUGUAAUCAUCUGGAUGAUUCGAGGGGAGAAGAGACUUGCCUAUGCCCGCAUUCCCGCACACCAGGUUUUGUAUUCUACCACAAGUCCUGAAUCUUCUGGUAAACACUGUGGAAAGACCCAAACCAUCUUUUUAAAGUAUCCACAGGACAAGACCAAAGAUGUCAAAAUUCCAGUGGAGUUGCGAGUUAACAUAUGGCUUGGGUUGACUGCAGUUGAGAAGAAAUUUAAUAGCUUUGCAGAAGGCACAUUUAGUGUAUUUGCAGAAAUGUAUGAAAAUCAGGCAUUUAUGUUUGGAAAAUGGGGAACCUCUGGACUUGUUGGUCGUCACAAAUUUUCUGAUGUCACAGGAAAAAUCAAAUUAAAAAGAGAGUACUUUCUGCCCCCAAAAGGCUGGGAGUGGGAAGGAGACUGGACAGUUGAUCCAGAAAGGAGCUUGCUGACUGAAGCUGAUGCUGGUCAUACUGAAUUCACUGAUGAAGUGUAUGAAAAUGAGAGUCGCUACCCGGGAGGAGAAUGGAAACCACCUGAAGAGAGUUACACAGAUGUGAAUGGAGAAAAAGCUGCACCACCUCGUGAAUUAACCUGUCCCCCUGGGUGGAUCUGGGAAGAUGAUGGCUGGGCACCUGAUUUAAAUCGAGCAGUGGAUGAGAAUGGAUGGGAAUAUGGAAUUACUAUUCCUCCAGACAGUAAGCCAAAGUCUUGGGUUGCUGCUGAAAAAAUGUAUCAUACUCACAGACGGCGAAGACUAGUGAGAAAACGCAAGAAGGAUCCAAACCAAGCAGCAGCAGCAAGGGGAGCAGUGUCCUAUGAAGAUCAAGAAGGAUGGGAGUAUGCAUCUUUGAUUGGCUGGAAAUUUCACUGGAAACAACGCAGUUCUGAUACUUUCCGUCGUAGACGCUGGAGGAGAAAAAUGGCUCCUUCAGAGACUCAUGGUUCAGCAGCUAUCUUCAAACUUGAAGGUGCUCUGGGAGCAGACACAAGUACUGAAGAUGGAGAAGGAAAGAGCUCAGACAAGGCCAAAGACAGUGCUACCAGGGUAUUUGGGGCCAACACUCCAAUUGUUUCCUGCACUUUUGACAAAGUGUAUAGUUACCACCUUCGCUGCUAUGUGUAUCAGGCAAGAAAUCUCAUCGCUUUAGACAAAGACAGCUUUUCAGAUCCAUAUGCUCAUGUUAGUUUCCUCCAUCGAAGCAAGACAACAGAGAUUAUCCAUUCAACUCUAAAUCCUACAUGGGAUCAAACUCUUAUAUUUAAUGAAAUUGAAAUCUAUGGAGAUCCACAGACAGUAGCACAAAACCCACCUGAUGUGGUUAUUGAACUCUUUGACAAUGACCAAGUGGGUAAAGAUGAAUUUCUAGGAAGAAGUGUUUGCUCCCCAGUGGUAAAAUUAAACCCAGAAGUGGAUAUCACCCCUAAGCUUCUCUGGUAUCCUGUGAUAAAUAAUGGCAAGGCUGCUGGGGACAUCCUUUUUGCUGCUGAACUUAUUCUGAGGGCUAAGGAUGGCUCCAACCUUCCAAUUCUUCCAUCACAAAGAGCACCAAAGCUCUACAUGGUCCCUCAAGGAAUCAGGCCUGUGGUUCAGCUAACUGCUAUUGAGAUUCUUGCCUGGGGAUUACGAAACAUGAAAAACUACCAAGUGGCUCCUGUUACUUCUCCAAGCCUUAUUGUGGAGUGCGGGGGUGAAAUGAUGGAAUCUGUGGUGAUCAAAAACCUCAAAAAGACACCGAAUUUUCCAGGCUCUGUUCUCUUUAUGAAAGUGCUUUUGCCCAAGGAGGAGCUGUACACUCCAUCACUAGUUAUUAAAGUGAUUGAUCACAGGGCAUUUGGACGAAAACCUGUUGUUGGGCAUUGUACUAUUGAUCAACUGGAAAACUUUCGCUGUGACCCUUAUGCUACUAUAGCAGAUAUUGCACCACAACAAAAAGUUAGUCUCUUGGCUGCUGCACCUCGCCGAGAUGUUGUUAUUGAAGUGGAAGACACACAACCACUGCUAGCAGCUCAGUGUUUAAGCAGUAUGUCAACAGCACUCAACAAAUUGGCUUCUCCAUCAACAGUGCAUCUUAUGGAAAAGGAGGAAGAAAUUGUUGACUGGUGGAGCAAAUUUUAUGCUUCAAUUGGAGAGCAUGAAAAAUGCGGACAGUAUAUUCAAAAAGGAUAUGCCACGUUAAAGGUGUACCAUUGUGAGCUAGAGAAUGUACCUGAAUUUAAUGGCUUGAUAGACUUUUGUGAUACAUUCAAGCUGUACAGAGGUAAAUCGGAGGACAAUGAUGAUCCUUCAGUGGUAGGGGAAUUUAAGGGCUCCUUUAAAAUCUACCCAUUACCAGAUGACCCUACUAUACCAGCUCCUCCUCGUCAGUUCCGUGAGUUACCAGACAGUGGACCUCAGGAAUGUAUUGUACGAAUUUACAUUGUUAGAGCCUUGGAUCUCCAACCCCAGGACAACAAUGGGCUGUGUGAUCCUUAUAUAAAAAUAUCCUUAGGUAAAAAGGUGGUUGAAGACAGAGAUCAUUAUGUACCCAAUACUCUCAACCCAAUUUUUGGCAGAAUGUAUGAACUCAGCUGCUUCUUGCCUCAAGAAAAGGAUCUGAAAAUUUCAGUCUACGACUAUGAUAUGUUGACUCGUGAUGAAAAAGUUGGUGAAACCACCAUUGAUCUUGAGAAUAGGUUUCUCUCUCGGUACGGGUCCCAUUGUGGCAUACCACAGCAGUAUUGCAUUUCAGGUGUAAAUAACUGGCGAGAUCAACAGAAACCAACUCAACUGCUGCAGAACACAGCCAGGUUUAAAGGUUACCCUCCUCCUGUCCACUCAGAAAACGGUAGCAGGAUUACUUAUGGAGGGCAAGACUACACCUUGGAUGAAUUUGAGGCUAACAAAAAACUGCACCAGCAUCUAGGGCCAAGUGAUGAGCGUCUAGCGCUUCAUAUCCUUAGAACUCAGGGCUUGGUACCUGAACACGUGGAAACAAGGACCUUGUACAGCACCUUCCAGCCCAACAUCACCCAGGGAAAGAUUCAGAUGUGGGUAGAUGUUUUUCCCAAAAGCUUGGGACCUCCUGGCCCACCCUUCAACAUCACUCCCCGCAAAGCAAAGAAGUACAUCCUGCGGGUAAUUAUUUGGAACACCAAAGAUGUUGUGCUAGAUGAAAGAAGUAUCACAGGGGAAGAAAUGAGUGACAUCUAUGUGAAAGGAUGGAUGCCUGGCAAUGAAGAAAAUAAGCAGAAAACAGAUGUGCAUUACAGGUCACUGGAUGGUGAAGGGAAUUUUAACUGGAGAUUUGUUUUUCCUUUUGACUACUUUCCAGCUGAGCAACUCUGUACUAUUUCUAAAAAGGAACAUUUUUGGAGUCUUGACAAUACAGAAUUCAGAAUCCCACCCAAGCUAAUUAUUCAGAUAUGGGAUAAUGACAAGUUCUCCUUGGAUGACUAUUUGGGUUUUGUCGAACUUGAUUUGCAUAACACAAUUAUUCCAGCAAAAGUCUCAGAGAAGUGCACUAUCGACAUGAUUCCAGAAUACAAGGCAACCAACUCACUCAAGGCUCCCAAGACUGCUUCACUCUUUGAACAGAAAUCCAUGAAAGGGUGGUGGCCGUGUUAUGUGGAAAAGGAUGGUUCACGUGUUUUGGCUGGUAAAGUGGAGAUGACUCUGGAAGUCAUCAAUGAAAAAGAGGCUGAAGAAAAGCCAGCUGGUAAAGGAAGAGAUGAACCCAACAUGAACCCCAAAUUAGACAUGCCAAACCGACCAGAAACCUCCUUCCUUUGGUUCACAAACCCAUGUAAGACCAUGAAAUUUAUAGUGUGGCGCAGAUUUAAAUGGGUCUUCAUAGGCAUUAUCAUCUUGUUGAUUGUGCUCUUGUUUGUGGCAAUCCUUCUAUAUUCCCUGCCGAAUUAUAUUUCAAUGAAGAUUGUGAAACCGCUUUAAAGAAGAUGUUUUAAAUAGUAAUGAGGUUGUUUUACCUCAGGCUGUAGACCAAAAAUAUACAUGCACCAAAUUCAGCAAGAUUCACUUCAAUGUUUUAAUGUUGUUUUCUUGUAGGUUAAACCAGGAAAUAGAUAAGGGAUAAGAAUUUAACCAAGGUUAGCCAAGGUUCACGGGGUCAUGACUGGUGUAAAAAGUCAUGUUCCAUUAAUAUGUUUUGCUUCUUAUACCAUGGACAUGCACAGAGUUUCUGACUUGCUUUUAAACAAGAUUUUUCAUAAAAAUUCUCUCAGGAGGUUCCUUGAUCUUUUUUUAAAACAGAGAUUUUAUACUGAGAAUUAUUUUCUACCAUGUGCACCUUGAAACUAUUUUUCAACUUGAUGAAAAACAAGCACUACAUAUAUUUUUGUAUACUUAAAAACUCACAGUGCAAUAAAAGGGUCAGAUAUUUUAAAGUUCACUGUAUUGUAUUCUUAAAAUUCUUUGUUAUCACACUAUUAACUUGACAGCACUGAACUUCAAACAGUAUGAGCAUGGAAAUGAAAUAAAACAAUACUAAAUUACUGCUUA